AGUUGUAAAGAACCAGACAUCCUCACCACCAUCGUCUCAGACUCUCAGCAUUCAAAGACCCCUUUGAAUUUUCUUCUUCCAAAUUCUGUUCUUGUAAUUUUGUUACAAUCCAACCAUGACUUCCUCUAGCAAUUCUAAGAGACCCUCUUCAUCUUCUUCUUCUUCUUCCAAUUCUAAAUGCUAAUUAAUAAUUGAGAGUGCAAUUAAUAAUUGAGGCAGGACUUUGACUCUCGUGAACCCCCCCACUCUCACUCAAUGCUAAUUGCUAAAGGGUUACGGGCUUACAGCCGAUCAAAGAUAAUUGAGACAGAAGAACCAGACAUCGUCUCACACUUUGUUUUUUCUUCUUCCAAAUUUUGUUACAGUCCAACCAUGGCUUCCACUAGCAAUCCCAAGAGACCCUCUUCUUCUUCUUCUAAUUCUAAAUGGAGGUACGAUGUGUUCUUGAGUUUCAGAGGCAAGGAUACCCGCAACAACUUUACUAGUCAUCUCUACAAGGCUUUGGAUCAUGCCAACAUUGAAACCUUUAUAGAUGAUGAAGGACUUCCAAGGGGAGAAGAGAUUGCGCCCGAGCUCCUAAAAGCUAUUGAAGGAUCAAGGAUUGCCCUUAUUGUCUUCUCGAAAACCUAUGCUGAUUCCAAGUGGUGCUUGGAUGAACUCGUCAAGAUCAUGGAGUGCGAGAAAGAAAAGGGACAACAGGUUUUUCCUAUUUUCUAUCAUGUAGAGCCGUCUGAAGUCAGGAACCAGACUGGGAUUUAUGGAGAAGCAUUUAACAAUCACGAAAGAAAUGCAGACGAGGAGAAGAAGAAGAAGAAGAUAGAGCAGUGGCGGACUGCCUUAAGGAAAGCUGGUAAUUUGAGUGGAUUUCCUCUGCAGGAUAGAUCUGAGGCAGAGUUUAUUGAAGAUAUCAUUGGUGAGAUUAGAAGAUUGAUUCCUAAGUUGGUAGAUGUUGGUAAGAACAUGGUUGGAAUGGAUGGAAAUUUGAAACAAGUGAAGUCAUUGAUAGAUGCCCAAUCAAAUGAAGUGAGCAUGGUUGGGAUUUAUGGGAUUGGUGGGAUUGGUAAAACUACCAUCGCCAAGGUUGUUUACAAUGAUAUGUUAUAUAAAUUUAAACGUCACAGCUUUCUUGAAAAUGUGAGAGAGAAAUCUAAAGGUGGUCGUGGUUUACUUGAAUUACAAGAAAAACUUCUUUGUGAUAUCCUAAUGGAGAAAAAUCUGGAGUUAAGGAAUAUUGAUAAAGGAAUUGAAAAGAUAAAGAGUGAGUGUUGCUUUGAAAAGGUUCUUAUUGUUCUUGAUGAUGUAGAUUGCCCAAGACAAUUAGAAUUCUUAGCUCCUAAUUCUGACUGUUUUCAUCGAGGAAGCAUAAUCAUUGUGACCACGAGAAAUAAACGUUGCCUAAAUGUAUAUGAGUCGUAUUCAUCAUAUGAGGCUAAGGGAUUAGCACGUGAGCAAGCUAAGGAACUCUUUUGUUGGAAUGCCUUUCGAAAACACCAUCCAAAAGACAAUUAUGUGGACCUCUCUAAUCGUAUACUGGAUUAUGCUAAAGGCCUUCCAUUGGCUCUUGUAGUUUUGGGUUCUUUUCUCUUUCAAAGGGAUGUGGAUGAAUGGGAAAGCACAUUGGAUAAACUCAAAACAAACCCUCUCGAAGAUAUUCAAAAGGUACUCCAGAUAAGUUAUGAUGGACUAGAUGAUAAAUGCAAAAAGUUGUUUCUUGAUAUUGCAUGCUUCUUCAAAUAUAAGGAUGAAAAAUUUGUUACAAGAAUACUAGAAGGUUGCAAAUUCCAUCCCAAGAUUGGACUAAGAGUUCUUGAUGAGAGAUGUCUUAUCUCUAUAACGUACGGCACUAUAAGGAUGCAUGACUUGUUACAAGAAAUGGGUUGGGCAAUUGUUCGCCAAAUUGAUCCAGAAUGUCCUGGAAAAUGGAGCAGAUUGUGGGAAUUACAAGAUAUUGAAAGUGUAUUUACCCGAAAUAAGGGGACAAAAAACAUUGAGGGGAUAUUCAUAAAUCGGUCUUGGGAUACAAAAAAACGUAUACAACUUACUGCUGAAGCUUUCAGAAAGAUGAAUCGACUUAGAUUGCUCAUAGUUAAAGGCAAUAUGGUGCAGCUUUCCCAAGACUUUGAAUUGCCUUGUCAUGAUUUAGUAUAUUUUCAUUGGGAUAACUACCCUUUGGAAUAUUUGCCAUCAAAUUUUCAUGUAGAAAAUCUUGUUGAACUUAACCUCUGGUACAGCAACAUAGAACAUCUUUGGGAAGGAAACAUGACUGCUAGAAAGUUAAAGGUCAUUAAUCUCAGUUAUUCCAUGCAUCUGGUUGGUAUUUCAAGCAUCUCAAGUGCACCAAAUUUGGAGAUUCUAAUUCUAAAAGGAUGCAAGAGACUUGAGAGUCUUCCAAGGAACUUUCAUAAGCUGGAAUGCCUUCAAACACUCUCUUGUGAUGGCUGUUCAAACUUAAAAAGUUUUCCGAAGAUCGAGGAAGAAAUGAGAAGUCUAAGAAAGCUUCAUUUAAGUCAUACAGGUAUAAUGGAAUUACCAUCAUCAAUUAGCAAUCUAAAUGGGCUUGAAAAGUUGGACUUAGGUUAUUGCAAAAACCUUUUGAGUCUUCCGGACAGUAUUUUUAGUUUGAGUUCUCUUCAAACUCUGAAUCUAUUUGAGUGUUCAAAACUAGUGGGCUUUCCGGGUAUCAAUAUUGGAAGUCUAAAAGCUCUUGAAUAUUUGGAUUUGUCAUAUUGUGAGAACAUUGAGAGUCUUCCGAACAAUAUUGGUAGUUUUAGCUCUCUUCAUACUCUUUCAUUGAUGGGGUGUUCAAAACUGAAGGGCUUUCCAGAUAUCAAUAUUGGUAGUUUUAGCUCUCUUCAUACUCUUUCAUUGAUGGGGUGUUCAAAACUGAAGGGCUUUCCAGAUAUCAAUAUUGGAAGUCUAAAAGCUCUUCAAUUGUUAGAUUUCUCACGUUGCAGAAACCUUGAGAGUCUUCCGAACAAUAUUGGUAGUUUGAGCUCUCUUCAUACUCUUUUAUUGGUAGGGUGUUCAAAAUUGAAGGGCUUUCCAGAUAUCAAUUUUGGAAGUCUAAAAGCUCUUCAAUUGUUAGAUUUCUCACGUUGCAGAAACCUUGAGAGUCUUCCCAUGAGCAUUUACAAUUUGAGCUCUCUCAAAACAUUGAGGAUUACAAAUUGUCCAAAACUCGAGGAAAUGUUAGAGAUUGAAUUAGGGGUUGAUUGGCCACUUCCACCUACAACCAGUCACAUUUCAAAUUCAGCAAUAAUCUGGUAUGAUGGCUGCUUUUCCUCAUUAGAAGCAUUAAAACAAAAGUGCCCCCUGUCAUCACUGGUAGAAUUAUCUGUAAGAAAGUUUUAUGGCAUGGAAAAAGACAUCCUCAGUGGCAGUUUCCACCUAUCCUCAUUGAAAAUAUUAUCUCUAGGGAACUUCCCUAGCAUGGCAGGAGGAAUCCUCGAUAAGAUUUUCCAUCUAUCUUCAUUGGUAAAAUUAUCUCUUACUAAAUGCAAGCCAACGGAAGAAGGAAUCCCCAGUGAUAUUCGGAACCUAUCUCCACUGCAACAAUUAUCUCUACAUGACUGCAAUCUAAUGGAAGGAAAGAUCCUCAAUCAUAUUUGCCAUCUAACAUCCUUGGAAGAAUUACAUCUGGGUUGGAACCAUUUUAGUAGCAUUCCUGCUGGCAUCAGUCGACUUUCCAAUCUAAAAGCCCUUGACUUGAGUCACUGCAAGAACCUUCAACAAAUUCCAGAGCUUCCAUCAAGUCUACGAUUUUUAGAUGCGCACUGUUCGGAUCGUAUUUCAUCAAGCCCCUCGCUUCUACCUAUUCAUUCUAUGGUCAAUUGCUUCAAAUCAGAAAUUGAGGACUGCGUGGUUAUUCAUCGUUAUUCUUCCUUCUGGGGCAAUGGAAUUGGUAUUGUUAUUCCUAGAAGUAGUGGAAUUCUAGAGUGGAUAACGUAUCGGAAUAUGGGAGGGCAUAAAGUAACAAUAGAGCUCCCUCCGAAUUGGUAUGAAAAUGAUGACUUGUGGGGAUUUGCUUUAUGCUGUGUUUAUGUUGCACCUGCCUGUGAAUCUGAGGAUGAAUCUCAGUAUGAAUCAGGUCUUAUAUCUGAGGAUGACAGUGACCUUGAAGAUGAAGAAGCAAGCUUUUAUUGUGAAUUGACAAUCGAAGGAAAUAAUCAAUCAGAAGACGUGGCUGGUUUCGUUCUUGAUUUUCGCUGUGUUAAGGAUGAUGUAUCAGAUAUGCAGUGGGUGAUAUGUUAUCCCAAGUUAGCUAUUGAGAAAAGUUAUCACACCAAUCAAUGGACACACUUCAAGGCUUCAUUUGGUGGGGCCCAAGUGGCAGAGUGCGGAAUCCGUCUGGUAUACACAAAAGAUUAUGAACAGAAACAUCCAACAAUGGCACAAGGCAGUACUUCUCAUGGGAAUUUUGGUGAGCAUGGAUCAGUAAGAGAAGAUGGCAGUACUUCUCAUGGGAAGUUUGGUGACCAUAGAUUAGUAAGAGAAGCUUUACUACUCUAAAGAUACUAAUAGUAAAGAUCACAAUAAAAGGAAUCCCACAGAACAGAGCCCAGGAGAGGAGUCACGUACACCAUAAAAGAUUCAGAGAAACCCAAGACUGAUCCCAAGCAUUAGGCUCAACCACACUUGCAUCAAUAAUGUUCUCUUCCUGGUAAUUCAUCUUCUUUUCUCUUUCAAAUUCAAAGGUCAGAAAUUUUUUUAUCAUGUUUCUCCUUUUUAUUUGUUUUUUCCCCAAGACAAACAAAAAUUUGUGGCUAUCAUCCAUGGGUGCAAACUUCAAUGGUACACCUCCCAAGUUUGUUUUUC